GAUCCCGGAAAGGAGAACGCAAAGAAGACCAAACAAGUCAUUCAGUAGAUAAGAUCAUUAUAGAGCAGUCACAUAAAGAGCAGUCACACACAGAGCAGCGGUCUGGCAGCGAUUCGUCAAGAUAACGGAAGACGGAAGGAUAAUGAAAAACGAAGGCGUCGAGGGGACCGAGAGGUUCCUGAGUCCUGACAAGGGACGAGGACUGCGGGCGGUCCAACACUUUGCAGUCGGGGAGCUGGUGUUCGCCUGCCCUGCGUACUCCUAUGUGUUGACAGUGAAUGAGAGGGCAGCACAUUGUGAAUACUGCUUCUCAAGGAAAGAGGGCCUUUCCAAGUGUGGCAAAUGUAAACAAGCCUUCUACUGUGAUGUCGACUGUCAGAAGGGAGAUUGGCCCAUGCACAAACUGGAAUGUUCAGCCAUGUGUGCCUAUGGGGAGAACUGGUGUCCGUCUGAAACCGUCAGACUAGUGGCCAGAAUCAUAAUGAAACAGAGAGCGACAACGGAACGGACAACCUCAGAGCGACUGCUGCUGCUUACAGAGUUUGAAUCCCAUCUGGAUAAGUUGGACAGCGAGAAGGAGGAGAUGAAUCAGUCGGACAUCGCAGCCCUCCACCACUUCUACUCCAAAAACAUCAUAGAUCUUCCUGAUAACCAGGCACUCAUUGAGCUCUUCGGCCAGGUCAACUGUAACGGCUUCACCAUCGAGGACGAGGAGCUCUCCCAUCUCGGGUCUGCCGUGUUCCCAGAUGUAGCACUGAUGAACCACAGCUGCAGUCCAAACGUCAUCGUCACCUACAAAGGCACCGUGGCCGAGGUGCGUGCCGUGCAGGACAUCAACCCCGGGGAUGAGGUCUUCAACAGCUACAUAGACCUGCUCUACCCCACUGAAGACAGGAGGGAGCGCUUGAUUGACUCUUACUUCUUCAACUGCCAGUGUGACGAGUGCACCUCGAAGUCAAAGGACAGCGCUAAGAUGGAGAUAAGGAAGAAGCUGAGUUCUCCGCCAGAACCAGAGGAAAUACGAACCAUGGUAUAUUACGCCAAGAAUGUCAUCGAGGAGUUCAGAAGAGCCAAGCACUACAAGACUCCCAGUGAACUGCUUGAAAUGUGCGAGCUGAGCCAGGAGAAGAUGGGCUCUAUAUUCGCCGACACCAACGUCUACAUGCUGCACAUGAUGUAUCAGGCGAUGGGCGUGUGUCUCUAUAUGCAAGACUGGGACGGAGCCAUGAGCUAUGGAGAGAAGAUCGUCCAGCCCUAUAGCGUGCACUACCCCCCCUACUCUCUGAACGUGGCGUCCAUGUACCUGAAGCUUGGACGGCUGUACCUGGGGCUCGAGAGAAAGACGCAAGGGAUAAAGGCUCUGAAGAAGGCACAGGCGAUCAUGGAGGUAGCCCAUGGGAAGGACCACCACUAUGUGGCGGAGGUCAAACGUGAGAUCGAGGAGCAAAACUAAAAGGAGAUGCAGGAGGAGCAGUUCAUGUCCACACAGAGGCGUUGGGAUUAUUGCCACCUCGCCUUAAAGCAAAAAGAAAAAAACACAGAAUUUCAAAUGCACAGCAUGCGUCGUGUACCUCUUUUUCUUUCCUUUUCUUUUCCCGGUUAAGUGAUGUCCAAUACAGUGUUUGUGUCCACCGGUUUAUCCCCGUUUGUGUAGUUGGUCGUGUUUCUGUUUCUGUUAACGGUUUUGUCUUGUGUACAUAUCAAAGUCUGGUCUAGGAUGACCUGCGUCGGGCAUGUCCUGUUCAGCGCCAUCUUAAUUUGUAUUAUUUUUUUUUUAAAUUGGGCUUGGCUUAAUUUACUAAAUGUUUCUAACUGUGUUUGUGUUUCUGAGGCGUCCCCUCCCCCCAGUGUUUGGUAGAAUAAACCACGAGUUCCUAAGGAAUGCAAAGGAAAAACGUGACAACUUUUUGAAGUUGUUUUUGAUUUUGGUUUGUUUUGUUUGAAGAAAAGAAAUAUGACACAUAUUGAGUCAGUUUAAUGACUCGCCAACUCAUCCAACUAAUCUGAAACCAUUGUGCCAUCUAAAAAGAUCAUCAAUAAAUUGAAUCGGUUUGUAUUACAUUUUUUUUAUUGAUUGUGUAACAACCCAUGCAAAGCAGAUGUUUUGGAGAGACGUAGCAGCAACACAGCAAGCAUUUAAGCUCCAAAAAAGAAACCAUGUUUGACUUAACUGUAUUAUUAUGUUACUUACAUCUCCAUAUCUCCCUGCACCAAUGCUUUACCUGUGUCGUAGAAUUAGUAUAACUAUUCAAGACCUCUCAGUUCUGCCUAUGAUUCUGGCUUUAUAGAUGUUGAACUGACUUUUAAAACUGUGAAGCAAUCCCAAAUGACCUUGUAGCAGCAUGCAAAGAGGUCAUAAGGAUGAAAUACACAAGUGUUGUGUUUUGCUUGUCGUUUGCGUUCCUCUUUUUGGGUACCUACAUCAAAUAAGGAUGAGUGACAGAAAGCGUCCUUUAGUGAAUGCUGUUACAUCUACAUUUGAUGUGAUAUCGGUGUUGAUGUUGGCCACAUCACCACAUAAAAGUGACUGUUUUAGAGUUAAGCCUAUACUUAAGUCUAUAUUCGACUUUAUUUGCAUGUUACCUGCAUGGUAAGCUCAGCAAUCGCAGGCUUCAAUGCUCCUGUGCUGGGAGCAUUUUGUCAUUGGUCAGACCUAUCAUCCUGAAAUAAGUCUCACCUCCCAAUGUGUUUAGGUCUGGUCAUGUUCACGCGGGAAAUAAUGGGGUCAAGACGAGUCCAUGUGGGAAAACAUGGCUGAUCAUGAUAAAUGUGAAUUCUGAUUCAUCAAUCAGAAGUUAAGGACACUUGGACUAUUGGCGAAUCAGAAGUACCAUUCACCUCUAGUGAUUGUUAUAUUCUGAAAUAUUGCAGUUACUGGUACAGUAGUGAUGUAAUGUAUAAUCGAAUUUUCUCCUUUGCAGUUCAACAUCAGCUUAUUUGAAAAAUUCCUCAGCGCAUGAUCCAGGACAUUUAGCUUUUCAUAUAUUAAAGCUGGAUAACACAGUUUAAUGUUACAAUGAAUCUAAUUAUAUACUAAGAGGCAUGCACCUUUUUGUUUGAAUAGAACAAGCCUUAAUGGUAGAUUGGAGGUAAAAGUUUGGAAACAUUAAUGAAAGAACAUCAACUUUCUAUGUGGUUUUUCAGUAGAUUGGUGGAUGAUGUGGAUUCAAUAUCAACAUAUUGGCCCAGGCACCAAACAAUAAUUCUUUAUUGUUCCAAUGUUUUUAAAUACGAUUUAAAAGUGGGUUCAACAACGUCGCAAUGCCCUCUUUACACAUUGUCCUCAACAGUAGAUCCAGGGUAACCCAUAAACCGAUUUAAUUGUUAAUCAUAUGAUUGACUGGAUUCACCUCAUUGGUACAGCAUGACAAGUUAGGGGACUUAAUAGACAACUGCAAAGAUCCAUAUACGAUGUGUUGUCUGUGCUCUUAUACAGUACUAGAACAUUCAGCGUACGUUGUCACGUGCAUAGAUGAAGGAAUACACAAUCACCUCGAAGGUGCCUAUAGCAUUCCAAGCUACAUCAAAAUCCUAUCCUAUAAUCCAAUAACCACAAAGCCUAAUAGAUGAGGGUUGAUUGACCUUAUAGAUAAGAAAUGAAGACAAUUCCCCAGAUUUGCAGUACACACUGUCUUGUUUUUUACUAUUUAUAUUGUGAGCUGUUAGCAUGACAGUUACCAGGCAUGCAUUUUACUGCAGGGGGAAUGCACAAAUAAAUAUCUGAGCCUCAAAUUGUAUCCCUACAUUGUCUGGACCCUUAAUAAAUGAUUCUUGACAUUGA